CAUCGUGGGAGAUUUGACGGUGGUGCCUGCAGCUGCGCGCCCUGCCCCUCUCAGUUCUUUGCUGACUUUGCCUCUGCGCACACAUGCAUAGUCAAAACAGCACUGAUUCAACAUGUGAGCAGCCGGCCAGAAGCCAUACUAACAGUAGUGGCUCGUUUCUUUAAUCCUCCCUUGAAUCAACCGGGUGCUGAUAUGUAACGCAUGGACCAUGGAUCGGAUCUGGACGCGGUGCCAAAUCCUGCUGCUGGUUCUGCGCAUUUGCUCCAUGAGUUCAACGCUCCCCGAGGAAGGCGCGUCCUGCGAUGGAGCGUUUGAUAUUUAUUUUGUUUUGGACAGGUCAGGCAGUGUUUCUAAACACUGGAACGAGAUCUAUGGCUUUGUGGAGCAACUCACCAGCAAGUUUGUCAGCCCCAGGAUGAGGGUCUCCUACAUCGUCUUCUCAUCCAAAGCGUAUGUAAUACUCCCUCUAACAGGAGACAGGUCUAAAAUAGAGGAGGGUCUAAACACGCUGAAACAAAUCAAACCUUCUGGUGAAACAUACAUGCACGAAGGCUUAAAAGCGGUGUCAGAACAGAUGAAGACUCAAACUUCACUGUCAUCCAGUAUCAUCAUUGUUCUGACCGAUGGCAAGUUGGACAUCUACCUGUAUGAAAUGAGUGUGAAGGAGGCGGACAAAGCCAGAGGAUUUGGAGCCAGAGUGUACUGUGUCGGGGUCAUGGACUUUGAUCACAAACAGCUUGCAGAGAUAGCAGACGGCACAGAACAAGUGUUUCCGGUUCUUUCUGGAUUUCAUGCCCUCAAAGACGUUGUCAACAAGGUCCUGAAACAGUCGUGCAGCGACGUGUUCACAAUAGAGCCGUCCAGCGUCUGUGUGAACGAGUCUUUCAACGUAGUUUUAAAGGGGACCGGAUUUAGCGGAACCAAGAGGAUCGACAACCUUCUCUGCUCUCUCACUGCCAAUCAAGUGACUUAUCAUGAGAAGCCGACAGUUGUCCAAGAUGGCUACCUGCUGUGUCCAGCUCCUCGUCUGUAUGAGGUUGGACAAUCAGUUGAAGUGCUGAUUAGCCUGAACAAUGGACAGUCGUACAUCUCCGCUCCCGUCGCCAUAUAUGCCACCUCAUGCUCAGAUGGGAUCUGGGUGCUGUGGCUGCUGCUGGCUUUGUUGCUGUUACUGGCUCUUGGUUUAUUCUGGUGGUUCUGGCCUCUCUGCUGCACUGUGGUCAUCAGGGACCCACCUCCCUCUCGUCCUCCUCCACCACCUCCUGUUUUUGAACCAGAAGAGGAUCCUCUGCCUAAACACAAGUGGCCUACAGUAGAUGCUUCGUAUUACGGAGGCAGAGGUCCUGGAGGAAUCAGACGCAUGGAGGUGAGAUGGGGCCAGAUGGGAUCCACAGAGGAAGGGUCGCGACUGGAAAAAGCCAAAAAUGCUACGGUCACUAUACCAGAGGAAGUGGAGGAACCCAUCAUUCCUCGGCCCCCGCCAAGACCUCCACCUGUUUACCACUCCCCGACCCAAACCAAAUGGUACACUCCCAUCAAGGGGCGUAUUGAUGCGCUGCUGGCUUUACUGGGAAGGCAGUACGACAGAGUGGCAAUCAUGAGGCCAACACCUCAGGACAAGGGGCGCUGCAUCAACUUCACCAGAGUUCGUUCUCGCUGAAGUGGAUCAACUUUCACUCUCUAGUCUAGAUUUUAUUUAAUUUUUUCACCAAAGAUCUCCAACACCUACUUCCAGAAGUUAAUGUCUAAAUUUCUGUGCGUUGUAAAUAAACGUCUUGAUAGUUAAAACGGACGGUGUUGCAACAAAAUGUGUAUGUAAAAGUGUUUGUGUGUCUAAGGAAAAACAAAGAAACCAAAUACUGAUAUUCUGUUUAUUCAAAAGAGAAAAUGUCUCUUUCACAACAAAAAAAAAAAAAUCUUUCGUACAAGUACCCCCUGAUAACAUAAAAGAUGCACAAGAAUCUUUAAAAAAAUAUAUAACAAAAUGACACACAGACGUUGUGCCUUUUAAAAAAAACCAUGAAAAAUGCAUCAUCACUUUCACCCAAAGCUGGAUAUUAAAGGUUCUCUCGCACAAAUCUACAAGCGGGAUAAGAGGGGCUGGAUCAUCUCUAUACACACACACACAUACACACACAUACAGUUUUUACUUCACUCUAAACAAAUACUUGUUUUUAACAUAAUACAUGAACUGGUGUUGUAAAAGCUUACCAUCACAGAGCCAGCCAACCUGCAACAAGCUCAUCGUGAAACAAAAAAAAAAA